AUGAUGAACAAUUCGCAGCAUAAGAAAAUUGUCCCGAACAGAAACGGUAACAGGAAGAAGAAAGGCAGUAAGGAGCUAACUCGAAAUGAUAGUUUGAAAAAUGCAAACGACAAGGGAAAUAUACCCAAUGAGAAAAAGACCUUAAAGCAAAAAAUAGCUACAGUCCUUACACUCAAUGGUAUCGCAGAGAAAAUUGAGGGAUUGAACGCAAAGAAUGAGAACAAAUUGGAUCGAGGUAUAGAUAAUCCAAAACAAGGCAAUGACAAAUUAUCAAAGAAACAUGAGAAGGAACAAGCAGCAGGAAAAAAACAGGAUUUAGAAACUACUGGUAAAAUGCCUGACAUAUUGGAGAAAAGAGGAAAGCAGGGACAAGAGAAAGGCAAGGAACUACAAGAUAGGAAAGAGUUGCCAGAAAGAAAAGGAAAAGAGUUACAAGAUAAGAAAGAGCUACCGGAACAAAAAGACAAAGAACAACAGAAGAAAGAUCUGAAGCAAGUUAAAGACGCAGAUGUUGAGAAGAAGGCUGCCAAAUCACUGCAGUUAAUGAAGAAGGAUUUGAAGCAGAGCAAAGAGCCUCCUACUGAGAAGAAAGCUCCCUUAAGUAGAGACGUUAUCAAAGUCAAUGGUGAGGGGGACGGAAAAGAGGGAAAACCAAAAGAUGCAAAAGCAGCACAAGAAGAAACCAAAAAAGCUCCUCAAACAGCCAAGCCGAAGAAACCCCACCUUCUUAAAGAAGGUGAUGUUUUGCUCGACAAAUUUAGAGUUGAAGGACUGCUUGCGGACGGAGGAUUCGCCCAAGUGUUUGCAGCCAUACACGAAGAUACGCAGACAAGAUGGGCUGUCAAGAUUGAAUCCGAAAAAUGUGAUCGAAAGCGAAUGAAACUGGAAAUCAUGGUACUAAUGCUUCUGAGGGGCAAAGCAAAUAUACCAGAAAUAAUGGCAAUGGGAACAUGUCCCACGGGUCAUUUUAUCAUUUUGGAACUUGUAGGACGAAAUUUAAGUGAUCUCAGACGCCAACUACCGGAAAGAAAACUUUCACCGGGAUCUUUGUAUCGUUCUUCAAUUCAGGUCACUCAUGCUCUAUCGCUAGUCCAUGCUGCUGGGUUCCUACACAGAGACUUAAAGCCGUCUAACUUCUGCGUUGGAGCAGAUGAUGUCAGACGAAUUUAUUUGAUAGAUUACGGAUUGACCAGGCAGUAUCUGGACAAUUCGGGACAAAUUCGCAAAGCUCGUGAAAGCAUUGGAAUGCGAGGAACGCUUCGAUACGUUAGUCUUGAAGCUCAUGCUCGACACGAUCUCGGUCCAAACCACGAUCUCGUCGCGCUUCUGUAUUCUAUAAUUGAACUUGGAGAUGGAAGUCUUCCGUGGAGUAAAAUGCGAGAAGAAAACGCUAUAAGAGACAGUAAGAAAGAGACAACAGUAGACAAACUAUGUAAAAAUCAACCAAAAAUGCUGAAAUUCGCUGAGUACGUUCUAUCGAUGAAGUACGAGACAAUGCCCGAAUACGAUAAGAUUACAAAAAUGCUGGAAAGCUGUCACCCUCCAGAUGUGAAACCAAGCGACCCAUAUGAUUGGGAGGUUAUACCGUGUCAGCUGGAACACUUCGUGCAGCGGGAGGAGGUAGAAGCGGAAAAGCCGAGUUUAGUUGAAUAA